GAGACCUAGCCUGAAAUAAACUGGGAAGCUGAGGAGUGUUCCAAUAAACACAGAGUAAAACAGAGACAGGAAAUAGAGGGUCUUGGGGUAAUGAAUUCCAGCCACACUCGAAACAGAAAGCUAGGGAAGACAUUACUUGAAAAUAGUUUCUGUAUGACAGCCUGGUAAUUUUUAGCUUGUUAUUUUACCAUUAAACAGGAACACUCUCACUGCAGAUUUCAGCUGUGCUACAGAGACUUCUUAUUUUCCUCCUGCUGUGUUCCCCCCAUUCCUGAAACCAUCUGGUAUUCUGCAUCUUUUGAAGCCUUUAGAAUGAUAUUACUGCCUGUUGAUGACUGAUCGGUGCUUAAAAAAAACCCCAGAUGCUCUGGGCUGGGGCAGUGGGGGAAUGCAGUCUGAAAUUUAUACAGUUGUAUAUGUACACCCGGUAGAAGAGUGUAGAGUGAGCCUGCGGGACGAUUUUCAAGUCAAAUAUAUACAGCCGUUCAGCUUGCUGGAGAAGAACAAGUUGGGGGCUGGAGUGCAGGAACAAUUCUGUUCUUCAGAAGAAAGCGGUGACUGCUCGGGACUCAGGGAAUUAUACAAUUGCUGAAAUGGGCCCAAAGCAUGGAUGGUGAGAUUGAUAUUUACAAGCACUUCACGUGGCUAAAGAGGUCUCAGGUAAAUCACCAUACUUCUGCCAGUAAUGAAACCUAUCAAGAACGUUUGGCAAGAUUAGAAGGAGAUAAAGAGUCUCUCAUAUUGCAGGUGAGCGUCCUCACAGACCAGGUGGAGGCCCAAGGAGAAAAAAUCCGAGACCUGGAAGUUUGUCUUGAGGGACACCAGCUAAAGCUUAAUGCUACUGAAGAGAUGCUUCAGCAGGAGCUGCUGAGUCGAACACAGCUUGAAACUCAGAAAUUGGAUCUAAUGGCAGAAGUGUCAGACCUAAAGAUUAAACUGGUUGGGAUGGAAAAGGAACAGAGCGAGUAUGAGGAGAAACAGAACAAAGCUGAGAAUUUGUUACAGGAACUGAAACAUUUAAAAAUUAAGGUUGAAGAACUGGAAAAUGAAAGAACUCAAUAUGAAUGGAAGCUGAAAGCAACUAAAGCUGAAAUAGCACAACUUCAGGAACAGUUAGCUCUAAAAGACUCAGAAAUUGAACGACUGCGGAGUCAAAUCUCAAGGACAUCAACAAAUAAUGAAAUUGCAGAAAGAGAGGAAGCAUAUAGGCGGAGACUAAAAGAAAAACAUCAAGAGGUGCAGCGGCUGAAAGUAGGAAUGGAAUCAUUAUUAGCUGCAAAUGAGGAGAAGGACCGUCGGAUAGAAGAGUUAACAGUUUUACUAAGCCAGUAUCGACGACUGAAAGAGAUAAUGAUUGCAGUACAAGGAACCUCAGAAAGAGUUUUGUCUGGUAGCACUGAAGAUGACUUUGAGGCAACUUUAAGAAAAUGGAAUCCCAUGAAUAAGGGCCAAAUAGAAAUAUACAAGCCAGAGGUACUUCCACGAGAAUUGACCACACCUAUGUUACCGCCUCCUCUUCCACAGAAAGCACUCGAAAACAGAGUAUCUCAGAAAAAGAUAUCAAGUAGUCUUGAAGACUUGCAAAGUGAAUCCCUGGAAAAGCAUGUAGAUGGGAAACCAGUAGAACGUGAUAUAGAGCAAGAGAAUAAGCCACAUGUAAAAAGCAGCAAGUACCAAACUUUACCAGGAAAACUGCUUCGACCAGCACACAACGGAGAUAAUGGGACAUACAAUGCACCUGCUUCUCCCAGUCUUUGCUAUCUGAAUGGGAAUGAGGACAACAGCAUACAAAAUCGCAUCAGAAGUGUCAGUGCACCAAUAUUAGGGGAUUCUAACAACAUGGAUGGUACAGUGACUUCAGAAGACCUUUCACCCUUGUCAUCUGGAACAGAUUCAGGUGCACAGUCUCCAUUAUCUCCAGAAAGUAAAAGAAGCCCAAGAGGAAUAAAGAAAAUAUGGGGAAAAAUACGCCGGACGCAGUCUGGAAAUUUUCCUGGAGAUGAUCUGGGCUUGGGUGAAUUUCGAAGAGGUGGCCUUCGUGCAACAGCUGGACCUAGACUGUCUCGCUCAAAGGACACCAAGGGACAAAAAAAUGAUCACAAUGCCCCCUUUCCCCAAUGGAGCACUGAGCGUGUUUGUAGCUGGCUUGAGGAUUUCGGUCUUGGCCAGUAUGUCAUCUUUGCACGGCAGUGGGUAACAUCUGGCCACACCCUUUUAACAGCAACCCCACAGGAUAUGGAAAAGGAACUAGGGAUAAAGCAUCCUCUGCAUAGGAAGAAAUUGGUUUUAGCAGUUAAAGCUAUAAAUACAAAACAAGAUGAUAAGUCUGCACAGCUAGAUCACAUCUGGGUGACCCGAUGGCUUGAUGAUAUUGGCUUACCUCAGUACAAAGAUCAGUUUCAUGAGUCCAGAGUCGAUGGCCGAAUGCUGCAAUAUCUAACUGUGAAUGACCUCCUCUUUCUCAAAGUCACAAGCCAGCUGCAUCAUCUCAGCAUUAAGUGUGCCAUUCACGUGCUGCACGUGAACAAUUUCAACCCUCACUGCUUGCGUAGGAGGCCAGCCAAUGAGAAUAACAUUUCACCUUCUGAAGUAGUGCAGUGGUCCAAUCACCGAGUGAUGGAAUGGCUCAGAUCAGUAGAUCUGGCUGAAUACGCGCCAAACCUUCGAGGAAGUGGAGUUCAUGGUGGCCUCAUUAUCCUUGAACCUCGUUUUAAUGGUGAUACACUGGCAAUGCUUCUCAACAUUCCGCCUCAAAAGACGCUGCUCAGACGCCACUUGACCACUAACUUCAAUGUACUCAUUGGACCAGAAGCACAGCAAGAAAAAAGAGAAAUAAUUGAAUCUACAGCUUAUACGCCUCUGACUACGACUGCUAAAGUUCGGCCAAAGAAACUUGGAUUUUCACAUUUUGGCAACUUAAGAAAAAAGAAGUUUGAUGAGUCCACAGAUUACAUAUGUCCUAUGGAUACAAACACCACCAAUGGCAUUCAGAAGACUUGUGGUGCAUAUAAAAUGCAUAAUGCGCUCCCUGACAAAGAACUAGACAAACUGGAUCAGAUGGAACAUUCAGAAGGAACAGUAAUGCAAAUAGGGGAACUCUCUCAAGGAAUAAACAAUCUUACGACUAUGCUGAGCCAAGAUCAGAUGUUGAACGAUGACAGAUUUUUAACACCAGCUCUUGAGGAUUGGAGAUGAAGACACCAUGUAACCAACAGCCACUCCUACCAUGGUUGUAUUAGGAGAUAACGACUGACGCAGCCCAAAUAAUCUGCCACACACAGAGAGAAAACUUUUAAGUACUAUGUCUAAAAGUCCCCACUGGGACUCAAAACCCCACUUUCUAGGUACUUAACAUACACACUUGAAAAAACCUAUGCAAUAUUUUGAGAAAUGGGAAAACUGGGGGUAUGUAAAUAUAUAAUUUAAACAGAGUGAGCCAUUUACUUGUCAGUCAUCCAUUUUCUAUAUUUUGUAUUUUUAAGAUUUGCUUACAGUGCAGAUUGUUGGAAUCACAUUAGUUUUCCUUGGUUUCUAAGGUGUACCUGCUCUUGAAGGGCUAGUACAACGGAAAAUGGUUUACUUGCAAUAUGGCGUUACAGAUCCAUUUGCUAAACCUAGUGCCCUAUUUACUUGACAACUUCUACUAAAGCUACUGUAAGUUUCCCUUCUUGGAUGCAGGAAGCUCUCAUAUUUAAAGAGAUCAUUCCUUUUCUGUUUGUGGUUUUUGUAUCUUUCCUCGGUCUUACUAUGCUCACCUGUGCCUCUAGUCUGUCAUAGUCUUGUUAAACGAAUGAACUCAAGUAGGAAGGGGUAAAUCUGUUGUUAUUUGUUUCUGUGGUAUUUCAUCUCCCACAUAACCACUGCAUUUGCCAUAUCAGAUGAUCUAGAAGAAUGACAAAUUUUGCACAAAGGUACAAAGUGUAUCUCAUGCAACUUAAGCAUAUUUGCCUUAAAUACACUGGAACUGUGCAUAGCACAUCCUUGCAAUUCAAUUAGGGUGAAAUGACUACAAGGGACUUUCUGCUUUAUAAGUUUGCUGCUUUUUUAACCCUACUCACCUGAAAGCAAAACAACUCUUUAGAAAAUACUGCCUCAAAAAAAUAACUGAGAACCUGUAAAAUGAAGGAACCAAACAGAGAACUGGAACAGAAUUAAUUUUUCCCCUCUCUUUUUUUGGUCCUUGCUCCUCAGCAAAAACAACAAAGGGCUCUCUGGAAAACCAGGUGAAAUUAGAUUAUUUGUUUACAUUUAUAACUGAGAAAAGCGAAAGGAAAUUUCAAUGUAGCAGGAAAAUGUUACAAUGUCUAACCUGUUGCAACUUUUGACAUUCUAAGCACAAGAAGCAGUCCUUGAGUCAUGGCUUCCAAACUCACAAAAUUACUAAUACCUGUAGUCACAUAGAUUUUCCUCCCCCGGCCCCCAGUGAUAAUUGCUGGGAAGUUCGCUUUGCCUGAAAUUGCUUCCAGAGCACAAGAUUAACCUCCAGGCAGAGGGGAACAUAGUAGAGCUUUGAAAAGUUACUCUUUUGGGGGGAUGUGGGGAGACUGUAGCGCCUAAACAUGGCCAUUCUGAUUGAAGGAUCCAAAAGCACAACUUUUCUAAGCACUGGUGAAUUUUGUGGUGAAUGUAAAAAGUUACAUUUUCAAUAUGAAAGGAAGUUUUUUUUUCCUAAUAUGAAGCAUUCACAUCUUUCAUUUCCUUUUCUCUAAAGCUGGUGCUCUUUUUAACCUGUCUGUUUUAUCACAACACAGCUCCUUUAGCUUUCUCUUCCAAAAGUGAUAGGCUGAACAGAAUUUUCAACCUGUUCCAGAGGUUUUUUUCACAGUACACAAUAGCAAUUCUGUAAAUAUUUUGUAUAUUCUACAACUUUGCUGACCAGCUCUACAGAUUUCUCCAGCCUCUGCUGUCAGGCCAAUCAAAUAUCAUUAGGCAAGGCUACCAUCUGGUGGUGCUGGUACAUUUUGUUCAUAUACAACAUUCCACAUCUAACCUGCUACUGUUCUAACAAUAGAGGCAUCCUGAGGGUUUUGUUUCUGCACAGACUGGUUAACAUUCAGCUAGAAGAAACUCACUGAAGAAUGCCGAGAGAACAAAAAGUCAAGCCCAUCUUUCAGAAUUAAGUAAUAGACCUUUGGAUGCUUACGUAAGAGGACUAUGUGAAAGUCGCUUACAGAAACCGGGCUUCUCAUUCAUCCAGAAGAUAUUCAUUGCAGACUUUCAGACUUCGAAGGUUUUGAAUCGAUUUAUACUGUCAUAUAGUUCUGGAUCUAGAUUGUGCUGUAACUCCAAAGGCAUGUCAGACUUGGGUACAUGGAAGAUGAGUUUUGAGCAGCAAGCACAUAUAUAAAUGUUUUCAAGGCUGUUAUGAUAAAUAGAUGACACAGUGGCAAUUUGGCUAAAAAGCAACAAUAUGUUUUCAACUGCAACAAUCAAAGCUUAGCAACUGUGGUUUCCACAUUUAGUGUGAAUGUUGAAUUUAACUUAUAUUAAGAUUUGCAUGAGAAAUAGAGCUGAAAUGUAUGUAUUUCUUAGUUUGUGUUCAAUACUGUCUAAAUAGUAAAACAUAUU